CUCGGAGAAGGAGUUACGGCCGCCUGCGCGCGGAGAUGAGUUCCAUCGCGAUCAAGACGCUAUCUCAAUUGACCUAUGGCCCCACCACCCUCCCCACGGAUUCACCGCUCCGCUUAUCUGCGAUAUGUGUGGACCGACCCUCACGUCGACCUUCUUUCACUUGGCUACGAACUACCGUCGAAGAUGAACCGGAACUUCGCACUCGCCACCGCUGCCGUCCUGAUCCUGGCCCUGUCCGCGGCCUACGCGGAAGUCGUACACUUCACCUCGUGUCCGUCCUCCUCCGAGGAAAAUACAGAAUGUACUAUACACGAAGUACGCGUUGAUCCAUGCAGAGAAGCCGAAGAACAAAAGCCCUGUUCUAUAAAGAAAGGCCGCAAUGCAAGCAUAAGUUUUGACUACACCACACAGUUCAGUGGAAACGUAUCCAGCAGAGCAUACUGGGCUUCUGAGAUUGUGGAUUUGCCAUUCUUGGGCAUGCCGCUCGAUGCUUGUCGUACAUCGACCAUUUGCCCAGUCACACCUGGUCAAAAGCAAUCGUACUCAGUGUUUUUGCCUAUCUCUAAGAAAUUCCCUGCGCGAACGUAUGAUCUCAAAUGGAAGUUAUGGAAUGAACAAGAUCAAGGAUGCUGUUUUAUGUUCCAAAUUAAAUUGGUAAAAUAAAAUUGUUGUUCUUAAAUCUCCAAUGUAUCAUCUUUCGCAAUGAUUAUAAUUCGUCAAUCAAUAAUUUAAUGAAAUAAACGAUAUAUUCAUAUCAAUAA